AUGCACGAAGAGUAUGUUGCUCUUGUUCCGCCUUCGCUAGACCAAAAUCUUAUGGGUAACAAGUGGAUGUUUCACAUUAAGAAUAAUUCUGAUGGCUCAAUUGAUCGUCUGGAUGUGAAUCGGGGGUGGUCUCUUCGCCAAUUUGAUGUCAACAAUGCGUUUCUUAAUGGUUGUCUUGAAGAGGAGGUUUAUAUGGUACAACCUUCGGGUAUGCGCAGUGUUGAGUUUUCGGAUCAUGUGUGUCAUUUGCAUAAGGCGCUUUAUGGCCUGAAGCAGGCUCCACGCGCUUGCUUGUUCUUUGAUCUACUAAGAGGCAAGCACAUGCUCUCCCAAGUUUACUUCCUCCCCUAUAGUGAGAUACACUUUGCAUUUUGCAUAGGAGACCACUACCAAAGGGCUUUCAUUACUCAAAUCACAAUUGCAGUGGUGGUAUUCAUCCAGAUUCUGCAGCUCUUAGCAGUUUUCUUGAUACUGGGCCGAUUAAUCAUAGCGCCUAUGAUAGUUUGGUUCUUGCUUGGUUACAAACUAUGGAACAGGGGAGAUGGUCUUGUGGAGCGCUCUUGUUGA